AUAUAUACAUCAUAUAUAGGCUUCCAUUCCAUGGCCUCUAGCUAUUUGCUUUUAUAACGAGCUGCAAGGCCAAGCUGUGUCAUGGAACCCACGAACACGAACAUUGACGAUACUGAGGAUGUCGAUGACGGUUGUUCUAACGAGCUGCAAGGCCAAUACGAGAGUUGUUGGAGACUAAGUGGCGUUGCAAGCAGCAAGUGGUGUGGUAAGCACUACGUUGCAAUUAGACAAUAUGGAAGAGACAUUAAAGUUCAAAAGAUCCAACAAGAUCGAGAACACUAACUCUAGUGGUUGUCACGGAAGCAGUCGUCGUAUUUGUAGCUCCACACUUGAGCACCACAGUAGCAUCUGUGUAGAUACGUACAAGAAAACACAACGAUUUUUAAUUAAUUAAUUAAAACCAUACAAUUAAUCUUUUUAAUUAAUUAUACCCUUUAGAGCAUCUCUAGAAGAGUCUCUAAAUUUUAGCCAAAUUCUAGCUAAAAUAGCUAGAAAGCUAUUAUAAGUUUAUAACAAACCACUUAAAGGUGUUUCCUCCAGCAAUGUUCUCUAUUUUGGCUUAUUUGAAAUAUUUUAUUAUUAUUUUCUAUUUCUCUCUCUUUCUCUUAUAAAUCAAAUAUAUUAAAAAGAAAAGUAGAAACCCAACCCCACCAACCUCCCAAAUGUCUCUAUUUCUCUCCGUCUUUUUCUCUCUUUCUCUUUCUCUUCAAUUUGGCGAGCCUCCAUUUCUCUCUCCUCCUUGCUAGAUGUAGAGAGCCAAAAGUUGAUUCUUGAAAAUAGAGAGCCAAGUAAGGAGUCUGCUGGAUUGAGGAUUUUCCUUUCUUUUGUUGAAGAAUCGUACAGAUAACUCCUUUCGGACAAUUGAAAAAAAAUCAACCACGAUAACUUGCCCUAUAAGCGUGGCGCUCCUCCUAACGGUCACUUUUCCACAGACUCGCCCAAAAUGACCGAGUCACCCUCCGAGUCACUCUCUGACUCGCCCUUCAACCGCAACAUCGACGACAAGAAGAAUGAUAUCGUGCCCGAAAUCCCAAUUGAGAUUGUGAGCGAGGAAGAGAUGGCUCUGCUAGAAGCUGCUUUGGUCUCCGCCCGCGCUUCCUUCUCUGCAAUCCCUGCAAUUCGCUCCUCAACAUUUUCAUUCCGCAGCAACGUCAGGUCUAUUAAGUCGAUCACUGCUUUAUCCAAGAGGAGGUUAUCGGGUUGCUCCGAACCCGAUAUUGAGGAUUCGGGCGGUUUGAAGAGUGCCCAGAAGAAGACUCGGAUGGCUGACUCGUUUUUGCACCGGUUUAGGAAGAAGGGCUUGUCUGUAACUGAUAUUACUGCCACGGAAUGGUGUGAAAAACAAAUGGAGUUUGUUUUACUCGUUGGCAAGCGAAAAGUCAGCAAGGCUAUGAAAAAAGGCAGUGCUCGCCAUGCAAAACUUGAGGAAGAGGUUGUAAAAAAAGUUAAAGUUCGUAUCGAAUCAAUAGAAGAUAGAUGGGCUCUGAAGCUUCUGAAUUUUGUAACUGGAGUAAAUCAAUUAUUAUUUGAAGGAUUGACGCGUGAGCUGCCACUAAUAGGUUUUGCAGAAGGGGUAUGGAUGGUGGGAGUGAUUGAUGAGAUUCGAAUGCCUGUAACAGAAACCAUCAGAAACCCAUUAUUAGUUGACACAAAGACUCGUGUGAAAGAUACACUUCCUGCUGAACCACAACGAAGAAAUGGAAGGCUUCAAUUAAUGUGCUACAAGUAUAUGUGGGACGAUUUAGUUGCUGAUAAAUUCCCAUCCAAGAAGUUUUUUGAUUUCUUUUCCUUAAAUCCUCAUCAUAUCUUAUCUGAUGAAAUCAGAGAGAUGACUGCUAACUCAGGGUUCCCUGCAGAGACCCUUGAUGAUGUAGUGAGAUACUAUAGAAACACGUGUAGCAUGCUCCCCCCUGCUCAUGACCAGCUGUUAUUGAGAUAUGAGUUACAGAAAGAUCAUUCUUUACUUGGUGAAGAUGAGUUUGCAUAUGACUCUGAUUGGGUCAAGAAUCAAAUUCAGGGUUGUCUUGAGUUCUGGCUAGGAGAGCGAGAAGCCAGUUACACUCCUGAGGAAGAGCGAUGGAAAUGUGGGUUCUGUCAAUAUUCUUCUGUCUGCCCUGCUAAAAAUGGUAACCAUAAUGAUCCACCAAGUUAGAGAAAAACACUGGCAUUGGCGGUGUUUCAAUCAGCAUCCGCAAUAAGGGUACAAAGAAGCACAAGUUUUUAGAGUUGCUUCUUUUGUAAUUGCUGUGUUGUAUUUGUCCUUAGGAUGUGCCAUGAAUGUAUCGUUCAUGUUGUAUUGUGACCGUUAUUUGAUUCAAUUGUUAUAAAUAUUUUUUGGACGGAGUUGUCAAAUUCAAUUGUUUGAUUGGUAAAGUUUAUGAAUA